AAACACUACUCUUGCUUCUUCUUCCCCUUUUUCUGAUCACCAAAACCAAAAUAAGUUUCCAAGUCCUACAAGUAAAAAAGUUGUAAUUAAGAAAAGAAUUGGGUUGGAUAAAAUAGAAUCAGAUUUAGCAAAAGCAAGAGCAGCAAUUAAGAAGGCAGCUUCUACACAAAAUUAUGUCAGCUCUCUCUACAAAAACCCAGCCGCCUUUCAUCAGAGUCACACGGAGAUGAUGAAUCGUUUUAAGGUGUGGACAUACACAGAGGGAGAGGUCCCACUGUUCCAUGACGGCCCUGUGAAUGACAUUUACGGUAUAGAAGGACAGUUCAUGGACGAAAUGUGCGUGGAAGGACCGAAGAGUAGAAGCCGUUUUCGGGCGGAUCGCCCUGAGGAUGCUCACGUUUUUUUCAUACCAUUUAGUGUCGCAAAGGUCAUCCACUUCGUCUACAAGCCCAUCACCUCUGUCGAAGGAUUUUCGCGGGCUCGCCUACACCGUCUUAUAGAGGAUUAUGUUGAUGUAGUUUCUACUAAGCAUCCAUAUUGGAACAGAAGCCAAGGUGGCGACCAUUUCAUGGUAUCAUGCCAUGACUGGGCACCCGACGUGAUCGAUGGGAACCCAAAGUUGUUUGAAAAAUUCAUAAGGGGUCUUUGCAAUGCUAACACAUCGGAAGGAUUCCGGCCUAACGUGGACGUAUCCAUUCCGGAGAUAUACCUUCCUAAAGGUAAAUUGGGUCCGUCUUUUCUCGGAAAAUCACCGAGAAUUCGAUCUAUACUCGCAUUUUUUGCUGGAAGAAGUCACGGUGAAAUCCGCAAAAUAUUAUUUAAACAUUGGAAAGAAAUGGACAAUGAAGUCCAAGUCUAUGACCAUCUUCCCCCAGGAAAAGACUAUACAAAAACUAUGGGAAUGAGUAAGUUUUGUCUGUGUCCGAGUGGUUGGGAGGUCGCUAGCCCAAGAGAGGUCGAGGCGAUAUAUGCUGGUUGUGUACCGGUGAUCAUAUCGGAUAAUUAUUCAUUACCAUUCAGUGAUGUGCUUAAUUGGGAUUCCUUCUCCAUACAAAUCCCUGUUUCUAGGAUACCAGAGAUCAAAACCAUUCUACAGAGUGUUUCUCUCGUAAGAUACUUGAAGAUGUAUAAGAGAGUCUUAGAAGUGAAGCAACAUUUCGUGUUGAAUCGUCCAGCUAAACCCUACGAUGUGAUGCAUAUGAUGCUUCACUCUAUCUGGUUAAGACGACUUAAUCUUAGGCUUGGGGCAUAGUAUAUAAUUUUUUUGUUAUUACAAAUAAAUCUUAAGUGUCAAAGUUCAUAUGAGUUACGUACUAGCUUUGUAUUCUUUCCAUAAAUUUUCAUAGUUCUU